CAUGCGAAUCUCUAACUUUACAUACCUCCCAAAUAUUGUGUCAUUUAAUCCAUAAAGUAAAGGGGAAAAACAAACAUUUUAUAAUACAAACAUUUCACAGAGAAAAAUAAAACAGAGAUGAAUGCAAUGGUCAAGAAACCACAUGUUGUUGCUCAUGAAGUUGCUCUGAUAUUUUACUAAAGAUCGAUUAAACCGUUUUGGACACAGCUCCUUUCGCGUAAUCCCAGGAAAGCCCGAGCGGAAGUCGGACACUCCUGGGCAGGAAACUGUCGGCAGUGUUUUUGUUGCCAGUGGGGACUGUUGUGUUGUGAAAAUGGCGACGCCUCGUCGCUCCUCUCAGCAGCAGCAGCAGCAGCCAAACUCCCUGCUGUCGUCCCCGCCCCGCGGCGCCUCUCACUCCGCCACCCCGCUUGGCUCUCCGCCGGCUCCCACCGACGAUGCCAACACGCUCACCCGAGGAGGCCCGAUGGAAGACCGGUCUGAAGGCGAGGGAACCCCUGCCUCUCCCACCAGUACCACCACCGCCGCCACCUCCUCCUCCUCCUCCCCGGCUCUGGCCCUCACCGCCAGCAGCAGCAGCAGCAGCGCUAGCAGCAGCGUUAGCUCCCCGACAACCACCGAAGGUAGCGGGACCAGCCCCGGCUCCACGCCCGACUCGGGCAGCGGGGACGCGUGCAGCAGCAGCAGCAGCAGUAGUAGCAGCAGCGGCGGCGGCGGCUGUGCUAACGGGGCUUUCAGGGAGCUGUUCGAAGCCUGUCGGACCGGCGACGUUACGAGGGUGAAGAAACAAGUGGACACGCUGAACGUGAAUGCCAAAGACAUGGCUGGACGUAAAUCGACGCCGCUGCAUUUCGCCGCAGGUUUUGGGCGGAGAGAUGUGGUGGACCACCUGCUUCAGAUGGGCGCCAAUGUGCACGCACGGGACGACGGUGGUCUGAUCCCGCUUCACAACGCCUGCUCAUUCGGGCACUCCGAGGUGGUGUCCCUGCUGCUGUGUCAGGGGGCCGACCCCAACUCUCGAGACAACUGGAACUACACGCCACUCCACGAAGCUGCCAUCAAGGGCAAGAUAGACGUCUGUAUCGUGUUACUGCAGCACGGAGCCGACCCCAACAUCCGCAACACCGAUGGCAAGUCCGCCCUGGACCUGGGCGAGCCCUCCGCCAAGGCCAUUCUCACAGGUGAAUACAAAAAGGAUGAGCUCCUGGAGGCGGCGAGGAGUGGAAACGAAGAGAAGCUCAUGGCCUUGCUCACUCCGCUGAACGUCAACUGCCACGCUAGCGACGGCCGCAAGUCCACUCCGCUACACCUGGCAGCGGGAUACAACCGGGUGAGGAUCGUACAGCUGCUCCUCCAGCAUGGAGCAGAUGUUCACGCCAAGGACAAGGGGUUCGUACAACCACAUGGAGGUUCAAGAAACGGUCUGGUGCCUCUACAUAACGCCUGCUCUUAUGGACAUUAUGAAGUUACUGAGCUGCUGCUAAAGCAUGGGGCGUGUGUGAACGCCAUGGAUCUGUGGCAGUUCACCCCACUUCACGAGGCGGCAUCUAAAAACAGAGUGGAGGUGUGCUCCCUGCUGCUGAGCCACGGGGCUGACCCGACCCUGCUCAACUGCCACAGCAAGAGCUCCGUGGACAUGGCGCCCACCCCCGAGCUGAAGGAGAGACUGGCAUAUGAGUUCAAGGGCCACUCGCUGCUUCAAGCUGCUCGAGAAGCUGACAUGGCCAAGGCCAAGAAGACCCUCGCCAUGGAGAUCAUCAACUUCAAACACCCUCACACACACGAGACCGCGCUGCAUUGUGCUGUAGCAUCGCCGCACCCGAAGAGGAAACAGGUGACGGAGCUGCUGUUGAGGAAAGGCGCCAGCGUCCAUGAGAAGAAUAAAGAUUUCAUGACUCCUCUCCAUGUGGCAGCAGAACGUGCUCAUAAUGACAUCAUGGAGGUGCUGCAGAAACAUGGUGCCAAGGUGAACGCCGUGGACACGCUGGGUCAGACGGCGCUGCAUCGCGCGGCGAUGGCGGGCCACCUUCAGACCUGCAGGCUGUUGCUAGGAUACGGGGCGGACGCCUCGCUGGUGUCCCUGCAGGGUUUCACUGCCGCUCAAAUGGGAAAUGAAGGCGUUCAGCAAAUACUCAACGAGAACGUCCCGGUGAGAAACUCCGACGUUGACUACAGACUUCUGGAAGCUGCUAAAGCCGGAGACAUGGAUACUGUCAAGUCGUUGUGUACGGCUCAGAAUGUGAAUUGCCGAGAUCUGGAGGGAAGACACUCCACUCCCCUUCACUUUGCUGCCGGCUACAACCGAGUGACGGUGGUGGAGUACCUGCUGCACCACGGGGCCGACGUGCACGCCAAGGACAAAGGCGGCCUGGUUCCCCUCCAUAACGCCUGUUCGUACGGUCACUACGAGGUGGCCGAGCUGCUGGUCAGACACGGGGCCUCGGUCAACGUGGCCGACUUGUGGAAGUUCACGCCGCUCCAUGAAGCCGCUGCCAAGGGCAAAUAUGAGAUCUGCAAGCUGCUGCUCAAGCACGGCGCAGACCCCACCAAGAAGAACCGAGACGGGAACACGUCUCUGGACCUGGUGAAGGACGGGGACACCGACAUCCAGGACCUGCUGAGAGGAGACGCCGCGCUGCUGGACGCCGCUAAAAAAGGCUGCCUGGCUCGGGUGCAGAAGUUAUGCAGCCCCGACAACAUCAACUGUCGGGAUACGCAGGGGCGCAACUCGACACCGCUGCACCUCGCAGCUGGCUACAACAACCUGGAGGUAGCAGAGUAUCUGUUGGAGCAUGGAGCCGAUGUGAAUGCCCAGGACAAAGGAGGACUUAUACCUUUACACAAUGCUGCUUCAUACGGGCACGUGGACAUCGCCGCCCUCUUGAUCAAGUACAACACGUGUGUCAACGCCACAGACAAGUGGGCGUUUACUCCCCUCCACGAGGCGGCCCAGAAGGGGCGGACUCAGCUCUGCGCUCUGCUAUUGGCCCAUGGAGCCGAUCCCACCAUGAAGAACCAGGAGGGACAGACGCCGCUGGACUUGGCGACGGCUGAUGACAUCAGAGCAUUGUUGAUUGACGCCAUGCCGCCAGAUGCCCUGCCGAGCUGCUUAAAGCCCCAGGCCACUGUGGUGAGCGCGAGUGUGGUGAGUGCUGGUGCGACAGGGGGCGUGGUCAUCUCUCCCUCUCCAUCCUGUCUGUCUGCAGCCAGCAGCAUAGACAACCUGACCACGCCUCUCAGUGACCUCACUGUGGGCGGUGCCACUGGACCAGCAGACGGAGCUGCGUCUGGGUCCGACAGGAAGGAAGGAGAAAGUGUGUACACUCUGCUGGACAUGACCAUCAACCAGUUCUUAAAAAGCCUGGGGUUGGAGCACCUCCGAGACACCUUCCAGCGGGAACAGAUUUCGCUGGAUGUGCUGUCAGACAUGGGUCACGAGGAGCUGAAAGAGAUCGGCAUCAACGCUUACGGUCACAGACAUAAACUCAUCAAGGGCAUCGAGAGGCUGCUGGGAGGCCAGCAAGGUGCAAACCCAUACCUGACGUUCCACUGCUCCAGCCAGGGCACCGUGCUCAUUGACCUGGCACCGGACGACAAGGAGUUCCAGUCUGUGGAGGAGGAACUGCAGAGCACGAUCAGAGAACAUCGCGAUGGCGGCAACGCAGGUGGCGUCUUCAGCCGGUACAACAUCAUCAAGAUUCAGAAGGUGGUGAAUAAGAAGCUGCGGGAGAGAUACGCACACAGACAAAAGGAAAUAGCGGACGAGAAUCACAACCAUCACAACGAGCGAAUGCUCUUUCACGGUUCCCCCUUCAUCAACGCCAUCAUCCACAAGGGCUUCGACGAGCGGCACGCAUACAUCGGCGGCAUGUUUGGCGCUGGGAUCUAUUUCGCCGAGAACUCGUCCAAAAGCAACCAGUACGUGUACGGGAUUGGUGGAGGCACGGGAUGUCCCACCCACAAAGACCGCUCCUGCUACGUGUGCCACAGGCCGAUGCUGUUCUGCAGAGUGACGCUGGGGAAGUCGUUUCUUCAGUUCAGUGCGAUGAAGAUGGCCCACGCCCCCCCGGGGCACCACUCUGUCAUCGGGCGACCCAGCGUCAACGGACUGGCGUACGCCGAGUACGUCAUCUACAGAGGGGAGCAGGCUUACCCAGAAUACUUGAUCACGUACCAGAUUGUGAAGCCAGAGAUUGCGGCUGCGCCCGCUGCCGCCCCCGAGCAGAAGUCCUAGAACGCGCUCACAGUUGGAGCCAGACUGCAACGGACUAGAACCGCUCUCUGAGAGGAGACUCGCGAUGAACUCGAUGGACGUUUCAAACCUCAGAAACCCCGAAUUAAAGUCUCCGGAGCUCAACUUGAGGCGGGCGAGGUGAAGCCUCGACGGCGCAGUGGUCGGACGACGCUCUGAAAACAGACCUGGAUGUGUCUUAAGAGGAGAAGAAAAGGAGGAUGUGGUACAGGCUCAGUCCAAAGCAGCAGGCAGCGGAAUCUAUCGGUUGCGUUAAUUAAUGGGGUCGAAUUCAGAGAAAAUGCAAUGGGUUCGAUCAACCACUCUGGAAGUGUACCAGUUAGCGGAUUUUUAAAUGUGCGGGCCCUCUCGGCUUGAUUCUUUAAACAAUUAGUCAAAGCAAUUCGAACAGCACACGGUCCAAAGCGACCCGACGUCCCUGAUGUCGCGCUGCUCAUGUAAUCUACCCUCAGUUCCUGAAUGUGUCGUUUUGAUGUUGUGUCCUCUUUCGGCUUUGUGCUUCAUCCAGGGCAGCGAAACACCGAUGGUCGCCGUGCUGAGAACAGAAACCCAGCACAUUUUAGGUUGCAGCUUGUCACAUUUGUCUCUCUCUCUCUCUCAUUUUCUCUCUCGCUCUCUCUCUCGCUUCUUUUCCGCUGUAAACAAAGUAGAAGUUAUAAAACGAGAGUGAGCGAAGAGAAGCGAAAGACAUUACAGCGAACAAAUACCCAUAAAUCGAUAGGAGGAAAACAAACGGGACCACAAAUCCACUGCUUCGGUGGCAGAGUCCAUACUGGGACCACAUUCGACGGAACCAGUUCAUGUCAGAGCUGCUGCCAAAAAAACAUGAACAAAAACGUUUUUUUUUUUUUUAGAUGAAUGGGCCAGAAAAUCCCAAACUGACUUCUUACAGGCAAGCGGCAAACAGACACCGACACCCGAAAUAUACAUUCAGAGCAUUAAUAAAGCAGUAAACAUUUUGACUGUAAACAAUAUUGUAAUAUAAUCAAUGGGUACUUGACCAGAGAAUGAAGUAGCUUUCUCUCUCCCUUUCCCUCCCUCUCUCUCUCUCUCUCUCUCUCUCUCUCUCUCUAAUGGCCACCGCCCUGCACUGUGCCCAUACGGUGGUUACCCAUCGCCACUCUUCCUCCACUCCAAGCUGCACACGGCAAAACACAAACUACUCAAGUUUUAAUCAAAAAUCUGGAAAAUACGGUCUGUUUUAUUUCACCGAGCUCUUUGUUUACCAACUUCCUCUGGGUGGUGCACUGAUGGUGUUGUUACGUGAUCUCCUUUGCUGUGAGGAGUGACUGUUACCAACACAAGAAAUAGCUUUGGAGACAAAAGUCCACCUUUUCGAGGUUACUUGUCAAUUGCAGGUAAAUAUUCAUGAGAUAUAACAUAACGUUCUGCUUCCCACUCACACCUGGAGCAUCUUUCUGUUUUGUGUUUUAAAGCCUGGAUCCACAUUGUUUUUUGUUUAUUGCCUCGUGCCUCUUUUCCUUUGAACUCUUGCUGCCCCCUAGGGGUGCAGCAGAGGAAUUGCUGGCCGGUAGUAUUGAGUUGAAGUAAACGAGUGGAAGCCAUUCCUACACUGCUAUCAGUGUUUUCCUGGGGGUCCAUUCCAUUUUUGUGUUUUGUUGUUUUGUGUCUAUAUUUCCAGGUCAACUUCAUACUGUCGAGUUUACACUCCGCAAACGUGACCCUCGUCACCGUGUCUCAGCAAGCCAUUUAGCGGGCUGGUCCAAGGCUUCCAAAAGAUAUUUAAAUGAACAGAGAUCUGCAAGUUGGUUGAGGAUGACGAGAAGGAUACGUUUUCUAUUUGUUUUACCCAUUUUUUAUUUUCGUGACGCACUAACAUGUUCCACAAACCUCAUGACAGCCAGAAGAUAAGCAAACGCCUCACACAGCCUCGACGCUUGAACUGUAUGUUUUUUGUUGUUUUUAUUAUACCGACCAUGUUUUCUGUUUUAAUAUUUAUGAUUAUUAUUUGUGAUUAUUGGUCAUGUUCACUACCUGGGACCACACGUGACUGUAUCGUCUCCUUCAAGUGGAGCAGUGCUGAGGGAAAAGGCCUUUACCGCUCAGUGGAGAAUGAAAGCAUUGCCUUGGAAACGUACGAUGAAUGAGAGCUGGUUCAUAUCCGGUGCACAAUGUACAAAAUCUGUGAGGGACGGGCCAUUAAUUUCUGACGAAGCUGCUCUGAUAUUUGAUUUUUCUUUCUUAUUUUAUCCCGCCUUUGUUUCAGUGUCUGCCAGACAAACUCAGAUUUCAGCUGAUUUGCAUUCGCACGGUGAAGAUGACGUCGGUCCGAGUCAGGUGCGCCCAAACAUGUUGACGAAGUCUCCAUAUGUGAACGGGCAACGCGGAGAAGCCCCAAAACUAUUACACUCUCGUUUUCUUUUUUUUCCCACACUAUUUUCUACCCGUGAAAUGUUCACGUCAGCAAUUUCUCCGCUCGGUUUCUCCGCUCACAUGUUUGAUGGCAAUCGUUCAUCCCGAUAACGAUGAGUGGGAACAUUAAUGGAGUGGCGCACAUUUCAAAGUGAUUAAUUGGGAGGAAAAUCGAAAAGACAUGAAUACAAAAACUAUCUAAUGAAUAAGUAGGGAAGAAUAACAACUGAUGAUUUUUGUAAAAAUGAGAAACUAAUAAGCUUGAAAUUAAAUUGUCCUCGUGAAGGAGAUAUACAACAGUUGCAGCACUGGGACUGAGUUGCUACAGUACUCGGCCCUCAGUGAAUAACUGAAAUAUUACAAACAUAAUAUCCAUCAUUGUUUUUCCUGCAGUAAAUUAUAUUAAGUCUUAGCAUUUCACUAAUUUGCCUGAUUUAUGAAGGUCGGAUAUGAUUUUUCCCUAAGAAGUUUUUUCGGAGUCUUGACCGAAUUUUCACGUUUCCCGAUGGUUAUUAUUUUUUGAAGCCCCUUCUGUGUUUCCCCUGAUCAGAGUCAGCAGAAAGAUGAAUAUGUCGGAUCGCGUGGCAGCGAAGCUCUCGGCCUAAACGGAGAACGUAGAGGUCACGGCGUUGACCUCGUGGAGGUCGGCUGCGGGCCUCGUUUUAAAUGACACUGUACAUAAACAAACUCCAGACGGGCCUUUUUAAGGAUGAUUUUGAGUGUAUUUUUCUUGCUUUCUUUUCUCGUUGCAAAGACUUUUUUAAAUGUGAAAGAUAUUUGAACUGUGUUUGAGCUGGCCUGCCUCGACUCAUCGGUCUCGAGGGCCGGUCGGCCACGUUGCUGUAAACGGUUUGGAGUCGAUGGAUCCACGCGUCGCCUUCUGACCUGCCUUGUACCCAACGGCACCAUGAACACACCUCAUCAGUAACGUUUGACUUCCUGUGGUACACACUGUGGUACACACUGUGGUACAGAGCUGCUGACCAGUUAACAUGUGGAACAGUUACACUUGUACAGAAGAAAAUAAUAAAAAGAACUUAACAAAG